CUGUCGCAAUGCUUUUGAUGUUUUGUUCCGUAUUUUGACAGUCGCUCAAUUUGAGGUUAGAAUUAAUCUAACAUGCAAAACUGCAUUUAGCUGGGAUUUUAUCGUUUUACGAAAAUGUUAUCCGCUAUUGUAAAAGAGCAUCAAGGAAAACAAGCUGCAAGAAAAGAAAGACAAGAACAAAAACGCAAAGAGGCUGUUCAAGCUGCGAGUAAUUUGACACAAGCUCUCGUUGACCACUUGAAUGUCGGAGUCGCACAGGCUUAUUUGAAUCAGAAGAAGCUCGAUGCUGAAGCCAAACAGCUGCAACAUAGCGCAACAAAUUUUGCUAAACAAACGCAAUCGUGGUUGAAUCUUGUAGAAUCUUUUUCAAGCGCUCUCAAAGAAAUCGGAGAUGCUGAAAAUUGGGCCAGAAGUAUCGAAGGCGAUAUGAGAACUAUUGCGACUGCUUUAGAGUAUUCUUACAAAGCUACUCAAGAGGCUCAAACAACUGUUCCAACGGUGCAGAACACGAAUUAAAAACUCCUGAUAACCUAACCAAGUUUCAUACUAUUAUUUAUUAUAAUAACAAUGUAGAAUAAAGAUGGAUUCUUGACAAUUA